UAUGCUAAGUCAGUUCGGUGCUGAUGUAAGCUAGAAGACAGAGGAAUUUGGGCCUCGCUGGAGCGAGAAUGGAAUGACGAUAAUUUCUUCCUGUUCCUGAGUUUUUAUAAAAGUUUGUAAGACAGGCUAGGUUGAGUCUGUACACCGGCAGCUGUCAGUGAAUGUACUGACGAGGAUUUGCUUAACCCCCUCUUAGCUUCUUGCCCUGCUUGGGGGGGGGAUCAGGGGAUUAGGUUUGUUUUGGGGGUUGGCAGGGAUUAAGCUACUUGCACAUGUUACCAUGUACCUUGCCUGUGCCAUUGUUUCUCAUGGUGCUUGGAGCUAGUUGGUUGCAGGGCUCUCGGGGAAAGGGCUGUUCAGGUAACUGUAGCCAGUUUAUUGAGCAAGGGGCAAUUCAAGUCAACCUGAUUCGCACUGUUUGUGGAAGGAUUUUACUCUGCAGAUAUCAAGUUGAGUAAAGCCAGUUGAGGUUGAUGGAAGGCAGAGGCCUUGUAACCCCGGUAGCUACAGCAUCAUUCCGGUAGAUACGGAUUUACCCCGGUAGAUACGGAUUCACCCCGGUAGAUACAGCUUCAUCCCGGUAGAUACGGAUUCAUCCCGGUAGAUACAACUUCACCCUGGUAGAUACAGCUUCACCCCGGUAGAUACGGCUUCACCUACAAGAUUACCUGCUUACUGGAUUAAGUGUAUGCUGAGUAGUGGAUUAUACCUGGCCGGAUUAUCUCCAUCACCUCACAGAUUGGCGACAUGUUUUAGAGGGGGACUGCCAAGAGAUAUUUAAUCAAAGCUCCUGAGAACAAGGACAGUGGAUUAAGUCAACAUAUCAACAACAUCAUGCACGUCAUACGGAAUCUGCAACAUGGCGGCUGUGUUUGUCUUCUGCUUCUCGUCAUAUAUGCAUACUACGCAGUUCUCAGCGGAAAUGAUGACAGCGGAUUCGACCCGUUUGAAAAAUAUGGCUAUUUUCUGACCUGGAUCUUGUUUGCUCCGAGGAUAUUCCUGUACUUCCCACUGGUAUUUGCUGGAUUCAACUUCCUCGGGAUCAUCUGCUAUCACACAUUUCCAGAAAAACCACAACUCCAAAGAUCUCCACUUCUAGGACCGUUUUUCUGUUUCCGUGUUGUGACGCGCGGAUUAUUCCCAGAGCUCGUGCGGGAGAAUGUGGAACGCAACCUCCAAGUCUGCACCAGUGUGGGGCUGCAGAACUUUAUGUUUGAAGUAGUGACGGAUAUUCCUGUAAACCUACCCAAGAAUCCCCGCACAAGAGAGCUAGUUGUUCCUCACAACUACACAACAAGGAAUGGAACAUUGUUCAAAGCUCGAGCCCUCCAGUACAGCCUAGAGCCUGGUGUGGACAUCCUCAGUGAUGAUGAUUGGAUUGUGCAUCUCGAUGAGGAAACAAUCCUCACAGAAAGCUCCGUCAUUGGUACCAUCAACUUUGUAUCAGAAGGCAAGCAUUCAUUUGGACAAGGUGUGAUCACGUACAGUAAGGAUAAGAUUGUGAACUGGGUGACCACGCUAGCCGAUAGUGUUCGUGUAGGAGUUGAUUAUGGAGCACUACGCUUCUCUCUGCGUACUCUCAACAAACCGUUCUUCAGCUGGAAGGGGUCAUUCAUCAUCGCCAACGCCGCAGCAGAGAAACACAUUUCAUUCGACCAUGGACCUGAGUCUUCAAUUGCCGAGGACUGCUUCUUUGCGAUGAUGGCCUUCAAGGAGGGCUACAGUUUCGGCUUUGUGGAGGGGGAAAUGUGGGAGCGAAGCACCUUCACGUUGAUGGACUACAUCCGUCAACGCCGCCGCUGGAUUCAGGGGAUCUACCUCACUGCCAGUAGUCGAAAGAUUCCCUACAAGUACAAGAUGGGCGUGAUCCUCAUGAGUGCGUCUGGCCUCUCUCUCCCCUUCACAACAAUGGGCUUCUUCUUCGGCUUCAUCUGGCCCCUGCCGGCCUGGAAUGGCAUUCAUCUCAUCCUGUGCUCUUUCCUUGGAACUAUCCUCUUUCUGUUCAUGUUCGGCACAAUGAAAUCCUUCAGUAUUCGAAGGACGGGAGCUUUACAGUGUGUGUUAUUGGUGAUAGCCUCUUUGUUUUGUGCUAUCAUCUCUAGUGUCCUAGAAAAUGUGGCCGCCAUCAUGGCUUGGCUACCCCACAAACAGCCUGAGUUUCAGAUAGUUAAGAAAGACAUUCGACUUCAAACUAUUGUCUGAUUCUAACCAUCUUUAGGAUUUUUUCAUUACAAUCAAAGGGAGGUAACUGCCUCCUUGCAUAAUGCAACAGGGCUACCAAGAUUGCACUCUGGUGUGAAAGUUGAAUGAUGAUUCUACAGUGAAUGCUCAAUGCUUUAGCACACAAUUUUAAUUGUACAUUCUAUGUGUUUGAAUUUUACCAAUUUCCAUUCCAAAAACCAUGUUCCAUUGUGCAAGAAUUUAGCUGGCCAAUCAACUAACCAGAGGUGUCCAAUGUGUAACUUAAGACAUUGCCAACCACUCCCAAGGAAUACUCAACCAGAUUUCAGUGCAUGGUGAUAGGUUUGGAAAUGAGCUCGAGUUAUGUAUUACAACUGUAUUAAAGAAGCCUCUCGUUCUCCAAAUACUGGACUGAUUUUGCUUUGCCUGGGAAAGCUUCUGUUCACACAUUGACUAUGUUUUAUAUUUUGGCAGCUGAUAAUUAUGUUGCUCGAACAAGGAUACUUUUGUUCUCUGUCAGAAACCUAGAAUCUCAUGUGACCACAGUCAGCUGAUCCAGAGUGCUGAGCUGUGGUGUAACACACAGAACCACAAGCUCCAGGACGAAUGUGGAGGACCGUCAUCUAGUCCAUGCAAACACUCAUGACUUUUCUCAUGACCAUAUCAGCUGUUGUUUUAACAUCCUAGACAAAGAUUUACCCAUUAUGUAACAGGAACAGGAGAGGACAUUACAUCGAAGGUAUACCUCAGCACUGCAAGAGCUCCAAACCACAUUAGUACAAUGUGUGAAACCUAUUUCUGGUGUCCCCCGUCGUGAUGUUGCUGGAAAAUUGCUUAAAGCGGCAUAAAACCAUACUCACUCACUCCAAGCACUGCCCUGGUGUGGGCAUUGGACUGUUCAGUUUCAAUGUAUCAGCUGUGAAGAAGGCAGAUACUCCAACAAUGGAUUGAUAAAUUCAUAUCUUUCUUCCAGAUUAGUUGCAGUCAGUUUUACUUAAGUGAAAAAACAAUUUCUUUUCUUUUAUGGGUACCUCUGAAGACCAGAGCAUCUCCUAUGUGGUAAAAAACUUAUUUAUUUACUCCUUCGGUAUAAGAAUGGUGAGAGAUUUGAAGGAGGAGGGACUGGGUGGGGAAGGAAAUGCACACUUUCAUGGUCUGAGUUUGUUUGGCAUGUGCUUACAUGACUUGUGAUUUUAGAUUUUAUGAACUUUUGUCCUUUUACUUGAAAUUUACAGUCAAAGGGAGAUAACUCAUAUUGAUUUUGAGAUCCCUAUUGGUAUUUUAUUCCAGUUAUGGAAGUUUGAGAGUUUUAGAUGAGGUACUUUAUAUUUUAUGAUAUUUGUGAUCAAGUUUAUACAACAGUGUUAGGUAAGCGUUUGAUAUCUCACAGAGGGCACUGAUGACUAUGGACAUAGUUGAACAUUAUUCAUAUUUGCCUACAUGCCCUGAACAUGACACAAACCAUUAAACAGUUGUCUUCCAUACUGACACUUAUGAAAGAUAAAACAUUAUUCACAAGGUUAUAAUGCUACAGUUCUGUUAAAACAAUCUAAGUUUCUGUAGCAAUGGACUUGAUGUGAUAUUGAGUAAUUCUUACAAGGCAUUUGUUUUAGUUUGUGAUCUUGAUUUUAGUGAAUACACAAGCCCUACCAUGUUUUUAAUAUUUGCAUAUUAAUUUCAUCAAGAUUGUGAUCAUUAUUAAAAGUCCUCCUGUUCUGGUAGACAUAGUGCUUUGUGUAUGUAUGUUCUGAAUGGAGACAAAUACUUAUAGAAAGAGGGGAAUUGUUGAAUAAAAAACAAUUGUGCAUACACUUCAAUGAGUUAUAAGUUAAUUAAGUAGAAUAGUUACAUGGUUGAUUUGCUUCUCAAAACUUUCUUGGUUUCAACUUGAUUUUGUUGUUAUCUGAUGACAGUACAUACCGUAAGAAACAGCUUUAGUCAACAGCUGACUGGUAGCAAGACGUCAAAUUAAUUACUUGUAUCCGUAAUUGCUGCCUCAUCUGUGUUCUUUUUAUUUUGGUGGUGAUUUAAUUAUCAAAGUUUAAAUGUCCUGUAUAACAAUUGACUUGCCCUUUGAACCUUGGUGUCUAUCUACAUGUCAUUAACUUGUUGUGGACAGUGCCAAGUUUGCAUCAAUGCAAAGGAAAACUGUUUUCUUUUCUUUUUGGAGGUAGCUCAUAAUUUAUUCACAAAAAACAUCUGAGGCAGUAAUUGAUUUGUUAUACCAUAGAGGAUUUGAGAAAAUACUGGCACCCAUCUCCUCAUACAGGUGAACUGAAGAUAAGAAACCAAAUAUUUCCAGGAGGUGCAUUGAUAAUGUUAAUUACGGUACAUGUCAUUCGUGAUGUCUACAAAUACUCAUGGACAAGAACAUCUUGCCAUUUCCGUAGGAAGGAGUUUAAGAUACUUCCAAGUUGAUUGUCCUUCCAGGGGAAUCUUAUAGUCAUUUACAUGGGUUAUGAGCUGUUUACAAGCAUGUGAUGAGAGUGAUGUGUGACUGUGCAGCCUAGAGUGUUGGCCGGGCAGACCAUUGAAGCUUACAGGGACGGCCACCCUCUCCUAUGCAACAUGACAGGUGCCCUGAGGCGGGUGUGCAGUGGGUCUUGAUACCAUCAACAAAUACAUGAUUGAAAUAGUGUUCCACCUGUUUGGUCACAGUGCUGUUUGAAUCUCUGUUAAGUCUUGUACCACUUCUGUGUAAAGUUUUAACUAAUCAGACAAACUACCAAAAUCUUGUCUGUGACUUUCUUGUCUGAAGCACUAUUUGAGUAAAAUAUCUUUUUUGGUCUGUAAUAAGAGUGCAUAUGUUAGGGUUAUUGUCAACUGAAAGAAGUUCGAAAAGACAAGAUUUGUAUUCCAUUUUGGACUGCAAAAAACAACUGAAAAUAAAUUAAUCAUUGAAUUUGUCAAAUAUAUUUUCAAUUUUAAAGCUAAAGCAGUUCGAAUUUGGGAAACAAAAUACCUGUAAGUGGUAUGAAACCUUUGAGAUCUUGAUUGCCUAGUAAGGGUGGACAAGGUAUCAUCCCUAGCCUGGUGGAGCAGUUUUUUUCUGGUGGGGUCACUCUGCCCUGGGUGUGGUGCAGAUUUGAGGAGGGUCAGUCUGCCCUGGGGGUGAAGCAGUGAUUUGAGGAAGGUCAGUCUGCCCUGGGGGUGAAGCAGUGAUUUGAGGGGGGUUCAGUCUGCCCUGGGAGUGAAAUAGUAAUACGAGGGGGUCAGUCUGCCCUGGGGGUGAAGCAGUGAUUUGAGGGGGGUUCAGUCUGCCCUGGGGGUGAAGCAGUGAUUUGAGGGGGGUUCAGUCUGCCCUGGGGGUGAAGCAGUGAUUUGAGGAGGGUCAGUCUGCCCUGGGGGUGAAGCAGUGAUUUGAGGGGGGUUCAGUCUGCCCUGGGGGUGAAGCAGUGAUUUGAGGAGGGUCAGUCUGCCCAGGGGGUGAAGCAGUGAUUUGAGGAGGGUCCGCCUGCCAUGGGGGUGGAGCAGCAAGUUGAAGGGGUCAGCCUGUCCCUGGGUGGAGGUCUGCCUAACGCCUAGGUCUGCCAUGCGAUGAGACAGUAUUUAUUCACCACUACAAUGUACAUCAUUUCACAACAUGUUUUAACAAAUUAUCUGCAAAUGUCAAAUCAGAUUUUAGUCUCUACAAUAAUUGAAACUUAAGGUAUGAGAUGAACUAGCUUCAUGAGGCUUUUUGCUUCAAUCGUGAUUAAUAUAAAGUAUUAAUUCCUAGAUGAUAAAAUUUGAUUUAUUUUAUAUGGUUCAACCAAUGCUUUAAUGAAAAGAAUGUAACUAACGAAAACAAACUUCCAUGUUUGAUGCUAUUCUCAUUCAUAUUCUGCACCUGGUCCAGAAGUUGUGUGGACAUUUUUGUCUUAUUUAUUGCUACCUAAAUCAUGUAGUUUGUAUGCUUGGGUACAUUUUGAAUUCUAUUUUAUUUUGUAUGUUUUGUAUAUUAUUUUGUCACAGUCCAUAUCAGUUACUUGGAGUAAAGUAAAUGGCUUUUGAUCAUUGUCUUUACCUCAGCCCUCAUCAUUGUUGCCCAUUCCCUUAUUUAAUGUAACCAAGGUGACGUUGCCAUGGUAACAUAUCAAAGCUUUUCAGUGCUCUUUACUUUUAUGUAUUUACCAUUUUUAGGUUUUGAAAGUAGAGUAGUUCUUGAAAGAUUGAUUUUAUUAUUUCCAAAUAUACCAAAAAUUAGAGAUCUUUUGCACCAAAAUUUGACGCCUGUCUAUUUAAGUGCCAAAUAUGUCAAAGUUAUGAGAACCAUACAUUCAGUCAACAAUGGCUUACCAAGUCAGCAGAUGCACAUGUGGUAGAUAUUUCUCAGUUUGUAUGAAACAUCAGAGUUUAAGGGACCAUCUAUGCAGAAACCGCUAUCUUUCAGUAGACAACCGGUACUUGUUACUGUAAUAGAGCAAAGUGCUAUAGCCUAAGAGUAUGUUACAGUUUGAUAGAAGGAGCAUGUAGUUCUCCAACUCUGCAGUUGAGUAACUGAGAAUUGUCUCCCUUGAGGGAAAAAGAAGGUUCCUUUCGUGCUUUUUGCUGAGAUCUGGUAAAGAUUUAAGUUAAAGGCGGUUUGAUAAUGUACUAGUCUGUAAUUUGAUAAACAUUUACUUGUUAAAAUAAGAUGGCACUUUAUUUAUAUUUAUCUGUAGUAAUGUAAAAUUAAGAGUAAGUUCUUAAAAGUACCGUAUUCAACCCUUGAAAGCCACAGAAACAGGUUCAUUGUAAUUAUAUCUUGCCAUUUGGACAAGAUUUGCUAUUGUACUUUACCUUUCAACCUGACAUUCAGCAUGAAACAAAUAACGUUUGAUGUCAUUACAAGCAAGAACACAUACGGUACUUGCCUUUAAGAUGUGUGACAACCAGCAUGAGUGCUGAUUUGAUGGAACCAGAGACCAUAUAAUAGAUAUUAUAUGGUCUCUGAUGGAACGAAGAGGUAUAUUUGAAGCGCUUAUAAGGAAUGUGGUACUUAUUGGGAUGAAUACGGUAUUAGGUGUUGGCAUGCUUCAUAUUGUGGAAAUGAAAUGUGUUCGGUGUUAAGAUGAUGGAAAUGUUUUGUACGCACCCAUCACUGCGCUUGUUUUACACGUCAUGCAGGGGGACAAGACCAUGCCUGUGUGGGACUCAAAUACAAACCUCAGUCUGUUGUACAGGCUCCUCAUCGCUUUAUCAUAAUUAUGUUAAAUUUGAUGUUGCAAAAUAUGCUUGAUCAUUUUUUGUACUGACAAACAUUGUUCAGCUAUGCUAAGCUUUCAUCAGAUGUUUCAAUGAAUAAAAGUAAAUGUUACAUUUUACAUGCAUUUAAUAAAUUUGACGGUCCUGAUGUUGAGGCAUGUAAUGUUUUGUGUUCAUGAUUUGGCAUUCAUGCUAUUGUUUAAAACAUGAUACACACCGAUGCUAGAAAACAUACACAAUCUCCGAAUUCAGGAACAUGAAGAAUCUAUGAAUUCUAGAUAAUGAAUUAAACUAAGUUUCAUGUCUUCCUUGUCAUUUACUUAACUAAUAAAGUAUUAUUUAAACAACAUGUCAGAACAAUAAAAUUAUUUCUUUUCAGAAGUUGGUAGUUGAAAAUGUAUUGUUGAUUAUAACCGUGGUAAUAGGCCAUAAACGAUCUGUUGGGAAAUGCCCGAUACAUACGAAAGUAAAAGCUAGCCUUGCUUGACACCACCUUAAUGUUCAUCUUCCUUACCACUGUAACCAUGGUAACAGUGGAGAAACAGCACAUGCUGGAUUUCCCAGAUUGUCCAAUGGGUGAAUUGCUUACCAUGUCUGAAGCAGGGUGGCUAUCGAUAUAAAUCUUAGAGAUCGAUCAUCGUUAACUAAUCGAUUAUCCAUAAAUAUCAUAGAAGUAACUUUGAGCAAAUAUGCAAAAUGCUCAGAGACAAAACAACAAAGUUCAUGUCGCUGGUGAGUGGUGACACAUUUAGGCACGGACUACUUUCAGGCAUUUGAGAUAUAACAAAAUCAGUUGCUUUCUGUGUUCGGCAAUGGUAAAAAACAAGUCUGCUUUAUUUCAUCACAAAAGGUUGUGUAAGAUAUUAUCGAUGACACAAUUUUCAUAUUGAUAAUAGUUAAUAUUUCUUCCCAUCGACGAUAAUUCCAAUUAUGGAUCUUUAUAGCUGGCCUUUGUCGGAAGUGUCUCUAAGAUCAAGGCUGUCACGAAAUCAAGUAGAGUAUCGUGGUUCCUUGUCAAGUUUCAACUUUUUGAGAUGUGCUUUUCUCAGUUACAGUAUCACAUAAUCAUUAGCAUUUUUUUCAUUAUUUACUUUCAUUCUGUUUCAGUAUGUAAGUAAACCUGUCAAGCAAAGGUCUGUAACAAUGGCAGUCUACUUUUAUGAAGAAACAGGCAAAGCCUAUAUAUUUUCCUUGUUUUAGGGAAAAGUAAGGUCAGCACAAAGUAUGAACUAGAGUGUGGUGUCAAAAGUAUCACCAUAAGAACACACAUUUUCAUUUCAACAGCUUCUUCGAAACAAGUAGAUUCCUGAUCCAUAAGAAUUGUUGAAAUUAUAUCCUGAAAUCGCCUGUAAGAAAAUUUUUAAAAUGAUUCUUCAAAAUGUACCACCUGUUAACCCAAUCACAUGUUUCCAUUUCAUUCUUGGCCUUUCCGGUUUGGCUUGUCGGUCGUAACAAACAAAUCUGUAAUACAAUAAAUAAAAAAACGUAUAAAAUAAUUGCUGAUUUUUGUCAAACUUUGACAGUGCCUCUAACACAGAUGCUGCGAUGUUAAUCACUGACGAUUUGAGUGCUGCAUGCAGUGUUGUCACAGACUGGUGUGACAAGCUAUUUGUUUCCUUCAGGUCAAGCAGACUGCUUUCUGAGUCAGCUGUGUACCUUCAGGUCACAUGACUUGUUUAUGUAUCAGUCAAUCGUGUACCUUCAGGUCAAGAUGACCUAUAUAUGUAACAGUCAACUGUGUUCCGUCAGGUCAAGAUGACAUAUAUGUAACAGUCAACUGUGUACCUUCAGGUCAACAGGAUUUGUUUAUGCAAAGGUCAACUGUAUCUUCAGGUCACGAUGACCUAUAUAUCAAACAGCCAACUGUACCUUCUGGUCAAGAUGACUUUUUGUGUAACAGUCAACUGUGUACUUUCAGGUCAAGAUGACCUAUAUAUGGACAAAUCAGCUGUUUACCUUCAGGUCAAGAUGACCUGUACAGGUAACAGUCAACUGUCCACCUUCAGGUAAAAUUACAUGUUUAUGUAUCAGUAAAUCGUGUACCUUCAGGUCAAGAUGACUUGUUUAUGUAAAGGUCAACUAUGUACCCUCUGAUGACCUAUAUAUGGACAAAGAACCUGGGUACCUUCGGGUCAUGAUGACAUAUAUAUGGACAAAUCAGCUGUGUACCUUCAGAUCAAGAUGACUUUUUGUGUAACAGUCAACCAUGUACGUCCGGGUUAAGAUGAUCUAUAUAUGUAACAGUCAACUGUGUACCUUCAGGUCAAAUGGCUUGUUUGUGUAACAGUGAAUCUUCUGGUGAAGAUGACUUAUUUAUUUGUGUUUGGUCAUGUGAAUAUGUUCUGUAGGGGCUUUUUUAUUACAUAAUAAAUUUUAAAAGAUA